GCAGUGUCUCGAUACGUUCAUGGUCGCGGUUGUACUCGGUGCGUUGCCGGAUUUUUAAUAGCGAAAAGAUCUGUUUGUUCUUGAUGUAAUUGUGACACGCUCGAGUCAGAAGAUUUUCGAGCCAUGGCCGAAUAUCUGGCGUCCAUUUUCGGGACUGAGAAGGACAAAGUCAAUUGCUCCUUUUAUUUCAAGAUAGGCGCCUGUCGACAUGGAGAUCGAUGCUCGCGAAUUCACAACAAGCCAACCUUCAGUCAGACGUGUCUACUGCAGAAUCUUUAUGUAAACCCUCAGAAUUCUGCAAAAAGUGCAGACGGAUCGCACUUGGUUGCAAACGUAUCUGACGAAGAGAUGCAAGAGCAUUAUGACAAUUUUUUCGAGGACGUUUUCAUCGAGUGUGAGGACAAGUACGGCGAGAUUGAAGAGAUGAACGUGUGCGACAAUCUAGGCGAUCACUUGGUCGGAAACGUUUACAUUAAAUUCCGCAGGGAGGAAGACGCUGAGAAGGCGGUCAACGAUUUGAACAACCGUUGGUUCGGCGGGCGACCGGUUUACGCCGAGCUCUCGCCCGUCACCGAUUUCCGUGAGGCCUGCUGUCGCCAAUAUGAAAUGGGCGAGUGCACGCGCUCCGGAUUUUGUAACUUCAUGCACUUGAAGCCCAUCUCCCGGGAGCUCCGCCGAUACUUGUACAGCCGGAAGAAGGGCAAGGGCCGAUCGAGAUCGCGAUCGAGAUCGCGAGGUCGCGACCGCAGGAAGAGAUCCCGAUCACGCGAUAGAAGAUCCCGAUCGAAAGAGCGACGUAAGGGAAGAGACGAAAAGGGCAGAGAUGGCCGAUCCGGUCGUUAUUAAUAAAAUUUUACUCAUUUAAGAUUUAGUUUCUUAAUAUAUAUCCUAGUUCUAUUUAGUUUGUGAUAUUUGAUGAAUUAUACAAAAUUAUUUCUUUAAUAUUGAACAGAUUGAAAGUUUAUAUUAAAAAGACUUUCUGUCUAAGUAUCAAUUUUUUAUUUGCUGUUUUAUUCUUACCGUUCAAUAUCGAAUUGCCUGUAGUAUUGUGAUUCAAGUUCUGUAAUAACGGUACAGGGGGCAGCACCGAUUCACAUACACUUAAGUUAAAAAAUAUUGCAAUAUUGUCUUUUUACAAGAUGUAUUUUUUUGUGUAUGUAUAUUCUUUAAAAUAGAUAAUGUAUACUCUCAAAUAUUUAGUAAUGUAUAUUCUCAAGUUUUUAGUUUUUGCAUUAAAAUAUUGGGCAAAAUA